AGGCGCCAUGAUAAUACAAACCACUACCUCGUUCCUCGGACAUUUUGCUGUUGAUUUCUUGAAAUAAACAUUAUGUCGCUUCCAUAAUAUUCUUGGUUGUGUUCUUUCUGCUUGUUUGCUCUCUCUUUGUACGAGUAAUAAUUAUUAUUAGCGAGUUCUCAGGGUCUCAUCAUGGCCUCACCCAUAAAAAUGACAACACACGAUACCUCGUCGGCGGGUUUCCACAUGGCCGACUUCUCGUCGUUUCUGUCAUACCUCAGCGAUGCUGUCACGGCAGCAUGGCCCGACAGAUUUGCAACGCGGUACAGGAAAGUUAAGGUCCUGCUUAUGAGCUGGGAUAGGGAUGACCUCGGCGUGGAACCUGAAGCCAGGAAGCUCGAGGCCGUCUUUAGGGGUCUUUAUCAUUACGACACCGAGUACUGGAAGAUCCCAUCGAGGCGGUCGGCCGUCGAGCUGUCGCGGAAAGUCGCCGAUCUCGUGGACGAGCACGGCCAAGAGGGCAACCUGCUAAUCCUGUACUAUGCCGGCCAUGCUCGGCCGAGCGAACAGCCGGGAGGGAGUCCCGUGUGGGCGGCCAACCGGGGUCGAGACUCACCCACGGUGCAAUCGUCAAUACUGCAUUCGUUCCUCGGAGAGGUCGAUUGCGACGUCCUGCUGCUCCAUGACUGUUUCCACCAAGUCCAAGAGAACAAAGGCGCGUUCGUCGGGCAAGGUGUAGUCGAGACCUUGGCGGCAGCAGGCGGUGCUGAGCCGGCGCCGACCGAAGCGAACGACCACCACUCGUUCACAGCGUCACUGGUCCAGGAGCUUGCGCAUGCCGCGCACACUGCCGACUGGCUCUCGGUCGUAGAGCUCCACAGGAGGAUCCUCAACCGGAUGCACGCCUGGACCGCGACCCUCUCGUUCAGAGACGACGCGUACUCGGUCGUCCAGGUCGACCGCCGCACCGGGCAGCCCAUGUUUGAACAGCCGCGCCGACGAACCCCGGUGCACUCGUUUCUGUCGAGGAAGCCCAAGACUAUCGUGCUCACGCCCCUUCCGCACCAAGUCCAGGAGCAAUCGGAUAAUGAGUCUCUGCUUCUGCUAAACCCUCCCACCCCUCAGUCACAGACGACUCCGACGAUGGGCCCUGCCAUCUUGGUAACCUGUCGGCUCCGGGAUCAGCGCGUCGACACGGAGAAGUGGAGGCAGUGGCUGCUCGGCGCGCCGGAAGAAGCCAAGGGCAUCCAGAUCUCUGCCCUCUUCCCCGGCUUCGGCGCGGUCCUGAUCCUCGAGCUGCCCCUAGCUGUCUGGGAUCUCCUGCCACCGUCGCCCGCCAUCUCGUUCAUUGCCUACACCACGGGCAGCAACCAUAUCUCCGAGUUCCGCCGAGCUCUGCUGGGUUCGGACGCCGACGACUCUUCUUCCGACACGGCCGAGUACGAGUCAGAUGGCGAUGAUGGGUUCGGGCCUGGGAAACACCACAAGAAGACCGGCCGCAGAAGAAUGCGGUCUGGUCGGGAGGCAGACGAGACAACAACACAGUACCGUUCCUCGCUGUGGCCCGACUUCUUCGAGAACAAUCGGGCCUCGGAUGACUCCGCUGAGCACACGCCGUACUGCCUGACCCUGGCCGAGAUGCAGGGAGACGAGAAGAUGAGCAAAGCCGCGAGGGUCAUCCGGGCUUUCGUGCAAGAAGCGGACGAGCCGUCCAGCCGGUACAUUUCCGACGAGAUCCAGGAGUUCUGCGCCCCAGCAAGCUUCGAGGCCCUGUCCUGCGAUCCGGAGGGUGACCCGGACCUCGUCGCCAUCCUCGACGAGCCCCGGUCGAACGGCACGCACCCUGGGGCGCAUGGCAUGAAGUUCCUCACGCGCGGCCAGCUCUAUGAGGCUCUAGUAUCUAGGGCUGUGCCCCAACUGAUCGACACCGAGUCGAAAGACGGCAACUCCUCCGAGAGGCGACUCAUUUACACCACUAAUCUGGAUCCCGCCACUACGCUGGCCCUUGCCGCGGCCGCUCCGGAGCGGCACGCUCUGCCGCUGAGGGACUUCGUCUACAAGCAUCUGAGCUUUCAGUCGGACAUGGACGUGAGGCUCCAUUCCUCCGGGGUUCAGGGCUUUUCGCUCUCCUUCCACCUGCCCUUCUUCGCAUGGAGACAGGACAGCCACCCCUUCACCGAUCGUCGCCGCGGCGGCGGGCAUAACGGGCCGCUUCGGGGCUCGAGGAACAUUAGCUUCCUGAACAAGUCUGGAGAACGGAUCCAGACUUGCAUCCACGAGGCUCAAGUCUCGUGCCUGAUUGUCGGUGUUGACAACCGCCACUGGACCGCGUACGGCGUCUUCGACACGUACCAUGACGGAGGCGAGAGCCGGCACGACGUCCGGUCGUAUCAGACCACGCAGGGAGGAGCCGCCAUGGAUCCGCUGACUUGCGGCCGCCACAUGGCCGACAGCUCGGUUGCGGACGCCAGAGAGUAUUUCCUUCGAGCCAUGGAGUCUUGCGUGCGGGAGGUCAAGGAAGAGUGGGAGAACACGGGCAGACAGGUCAUGAGAGCGCUGAAGCAUCAGGUGAGUCUGGGGACGGGAUUUUCCCUCACGAUGCAUGACCGCACGAAUCGCGCGCAGAAGUAAUUAAAAUCUGACCUUGAAUCACU